CACAGCCUCACUAAACAAGUGCAGCCGUCCUGUUCUUCCUGAGGCGUUCACUUGUCAUUUGACUUCUAAUCAUGCUCUUUCAGUUUGGUUUAGCUUUGCUGGCUCUCUCCUCUUUGACUACAGCAUCCGACCCGGGCUGUGAGGAGCUGCUCAAACCUCUAGAGGAUCGGAGCCGGAUUUCUGGAAAAUGGAUUUUCUAUGUCGGAACAUCUGACAAUGAAGACUUCCGAAAAGAGUUAAAAACUAUAAAGAGCUCCUGGAUGGAAAUCACACCUAUACCUGACAGUGAUGAUAUGAAUCUGCACUGGGGAGACAAAAUGUCUGGAAAAUGCUAUUACAUAGAUGUUAAUUCCACGUUCUCAGGAAACUCCACCAAGGUGACAUUUUACUUUAACACUUCUGAGCAUGAGCAUGUUGGGAAACACCUGACGACCUGCCCCGACUGCAUCCUCUGGACCGAUAACUCUGUGUCAGUGACCAAUGGAGAAACCAAGAAAGGCAGAAACCUCUAUCUCUUCACAAAAUCUGGAAAACUGGAUCCUUUUGACCUGGAGGUUUUCAAGAAACAGGCUUCGUGCCUCAACUUUCCCUCAGAAUUCCACUUUGGACAUUCCACAGACCUGUGCCCUGAUGAGAAGGAGCCUUCCACUGAUGUAAAGGAGGACAAACACUAGUCACCGAACCUUAAAUCCAUCCCUGUUUUGCAGAAAAGGGUUUCGAUGGGGGGUAUUGUGUGAGAAUGUAGCAAAACCUGCAAAAGCGAAUAGAUCCUGAAUCGCUGAGUAGAUACAUUUCAUAUUUCCGAUCAGAUUAAUAAAUCAAAAUUGCCACCAUGUGAUUUGUCUUUUUUGUUGCUGAUUCUGUUUAUUUAGGAUUGUAACGUUUGUUUGGAAGCUGUGCAUCAUCCCCCUCACUGUGAAGCACGCUGAUAAAUGAACAAACAUAUAGCUGAUUGGCUG